UCUCACCCAGCUUUGCCCUCCAGUUUUCGGGGUGCACCAGCAGGCUGGGCCUGGGGGGGGCGGGGAGGCAGAGUCAUGGUGGUCUAUUGGGAUUCCAUCUCUCUGGUCAGGUGUCCCAUCCCUCAACUAUCCACGUUUGAAUGUGUCUAUCUCAGAGUGGGUAACAGGGACAGAUUAGGGAUUCUGUUUGUGUACCACCCACCCCGCUGCACAAGAGUCUCCCUGCCUGAGGUAGUGGGGGUGAUCUUUGGCCUGGCGUUGGAGUGUCAAUGACUUAUAGUGCUGGGGGACUUCAAUGUCCAUGCCGAGACCACCUAGUUUGCUGUGGCUUAGGACUUCAUGGUCACCAUGACAACCAUGGGGCUAUCCCCAAUUAUAUCUGGGCCCACUCAAAGCAGGGAUGUGUGUGUGAUGUGAUCGGUGAGCCUUUGUUUCCUCUCUACAUCCCUUCUAUUGGGAGUAAUUAUUUUCUUUGCCUUUUCUUCACCAAAUGCAAAACAGCCAUUGUAUGCAGGGUUUUUCCAUUCGUUAUGUUUCAAAGAGUGUUUGACACAUGUUACCAAAGCACACUGGAUAUUUUAAAGCAUCAUCAUCAUAUGCUAUAACUCCUGGUCGCGUAUGAUUGUUUUCUGAGUGUAGAGUCUCAGUGGUGGGUCCAUAAGUGACUGUAGAGACCUAUUCUGGACCUACAUGGUCAUUUGAAAUAACUCACAUCGAUUUCCAGAUGGAAGAUGGCCCUGACAAGGGUUUGCUUGAGACACCUUCCUCUUGGCACAUUUCUCCCUUUCACUCUCUAUUCGUAGCUCUACAAAAUCCACAGUCCUGUUGGAAACAGCUGACCUAUAAUUUAAAUGCUCAAAUGUCAGGGCUUUCCAGUUCUUUGUGUUUAUUCCACAUUUUAAGGUGAGCAUUAAAUUUUUAAAUCUCUUUUACAAUACAUUUUCCAUUUUAGAACAAUGCUACUCAAAGUGCUAGUCCAUGGACAAAUGCCACCCCAAAAGCCUUUGGUUGGUUAUCUGUGGAAAGUUUUAAAAAUACAAAGAAAGAGUAGUAGCUAUUAUAGGCCUAUAUAUAUGGCACAUUAGGAGAGAAUUGUCAUUGCACCAUAUAAUUUUACUAGCUGUGCCCGGCCACGCGUUGCUGUGGCGAAGUAUGGUGGUAUGGGAAAUAAAGUAUUGAGGAAUUGGUGGUAGUUAAGGUCAAGGGGAAAGGUUUUCCCCAGACAUUAAGUUCAGUCGUGUCUGACUCUGGAGGUUGGUGCUCAUCUCCAUUUCUAAGCCGAAGAGCCGGCGUUGUCCGUAGACUCCUCCAAGGUCAUGUGGGAUGACUACAUGGAGCGGCGUUACCUUCCCGCCAGAGCAGUACCUAUUGAUGCACUCACAUUUGCAUGUUUUCGAACUUCUGGGUUGGCAGAAGCUGGGGCUAACAGUGGGGGCUCUCUCCGCUCCCCCAAUUCAAACCUGUGGCCUUUCGGUCCAGAAGUUCAGCAGCUCAGCGUUUUAACACGCUGCGCCAUCAGGGGAUAUUAUUUCCUAAAGGUUGUGAAUAUACAAUAUUUCUGAUUGGUUUUUUUUGUUUGUUGGAGGCAAGUAUGAAUGCUGUAAUUAGGAAAAAUGAUUAGGAUGUAAUGGCCUUGCAGCUUUAAAGCCUGGCUGUUUCCUCCCUGAGUGAAUUUUUUGUUGGGAGGUGUUAGCUGGCCCUGAUUGUUUCCUGUCUGGAAUUCCCUUGUUUUCAUAGUGGUGUUGUUUGCGAUAUUUUAUGUGCUUCUACUGUCUGUGGCCCCGAGAAAACAGAGGAUUUUCCAGACUUUGAUGAUGGGAAUACUUUGUUGGGAGGUGUUAGCUGGCCCCGAUUGUUUCCUGUGUGGAAUUCCCCUGUUUAUUUACUGUCCUGGUUUUAGAGAUUAUAUUGUUCUGCAUUAUUCUAUCCCAGUAAUUAUUUCAUAUUAAAGAAGAAUCUCACUUAUCCAACAUUCGCUUAUACAAUGUUCUGGAUUAUCCAACGCAGUCUGCCUUUUCAUAAUCAAUGUUUUUGUAGUCAGUGUUUUAAAUUCAUUGUGAUAUUUUAGUGGUAAAUUUGUAAAUACAGUACAGUAGAGUCUCACUUAUCCAACAUAAACGGGCCGGCAGAACGUUGGAUAAGCGAAUAUGUUGGAUAAUGAGGAAUUAAGGAUAACCCUAUUAAACAUCAAAUUAAGUUAUAAUUUUACAAAUUAAGCACCAAAACAUCAUGGUAGACAACAAAUUUGUCAGAAAAAGUAGUUCAGUACACAGUAAUGCUAUAUAGUAAUUACUGUAUUUAUGAAUUUAGCACCAAAAUAUCACGAUAUAUUGAAAGCAUUGACUACAAAAAUGCGUUGGAUAAUCCAGAACGUUGGAUAAGCGAGUGUUGGAUAAGUGAGACUCUACUGUAAAUACUACAUAGCAUUACUGCGCAUGGAACUGCUUUUUCUGUCAAAUUUGUUGUAUAAUAUGAUGUUUUGGUGCUUAAUUUGUAUAACGAUUACCUAAUUUGAUGUUUAAUUGGCUUUUCCUGAAUCCCUUCUUAUUAUCCAACAUAUUCACUUAUCCUGCCGGCCUGUUUACGUUGGAUAAGUGAGACUCUACUGUAUAUUGAUAAUCUUAAAUUAUCUGCUUAGAACUGGAUUGUAUGAGGCCCCUUCUUCACAGCUGUAUAAAAUGCACACUGAAGUGGAUUAUAUGGCAGUGUGGAGUCAAGAUAAUCCAGUGCAAAGCAGAUAAUAUAAGAUUAUAAAUGGGUUCUAUAGCUGUGUGGAAGGGCCUUGAGUCUACACUGCCAUAUAAUCCAGUGCAAAUUAGAUAAUCUGUGGAAGAAGUCUAAGUGACGCCUAAAUCUGCCUGUCCCCUAACUGAAACCUGGCUGUCCCUUGGUUGCUAGGCAACCAAGUGGGCAGAGAUUAGCCCUCUAAACUGGCAGCAAUUGGAUAAAAACAAUUAUUGCUCUCCCUCUAAUUAGGACUUUAUUUUUCUUUUCUUUUUGUUGUAUCAACCUUGAGGCGUGGAUGAUGGGUUGUGUUGUCAAAUUUUGAGGUUGGGGGGCCUGUACUUUUGUUGUUUUGUGAAUUGCCGUGAUGCCAUCACUCUUUUAUAUAUAUAGAUAGUCAUACUAGCAGUGCCUGGCCACGCGUUGCUGUGGCUUAUGGGAAUCCUUUGUUGGCCAGGUGGAAUAGCAGUGUAUAGCCUUGCAGCCUCAAAGCCUGGCUGUUUUCUUCUUAUGGGAAUCCUUGUUUGGUGAGCUGGAAUACAAAGGAAUAGGCUUGCCGCUUGGAAGGCUGGGGAAUUGCAUUCUAGGGGAAUGGUUUUUUGGGCUGCUAGAAUAGCCUCACUACUUCAAAGCCUGGCUGCUUGCUACCUGGAGGAAUCAUUGAUUGGUCAGCUUCAAUAGUACAGAGUAGUAUCACUGCUUCAAAGCCUGGCUGCCUUAUACCAAGGUUAAUCCUUUGGUUGAAUUGCAUUGACUAGCCUUGCAACUUCAGUGCCUGCUGUGUUAUACCUAGGGAAAUCCUUCUUUGGUGAGCUGGAGUAGCAUCCUCAAUCAAACAGCUGCUUUGAAGCCUGGCUACUUCCUUUGUUUGGCCAGCUUGAAUUGCACUGAAUAGUCCUGCAACUUAAAAGCCUGGCCACUUUCUACAUAGGGUAUCCUUGCUAGGCCAGGUUGAAUGGGAUGGAGUAGGCUCGUGACUUCAAGCAGGAAAUCACAUUCAAAGCACCUCCGACAGAUGGCCAUCCAGCCUCUGUUUAAAAGCCUCCAAAGAAGGCGCCUCCACCACAGUCCGGGGGAGAGAGUUCCACUCCGAACAACUCUCACAGUGAGGAAGUUCUUCCUGAUGUUCAGGUGGAAUCUCCUUUCCUGUAGUUUGAAGCCGUUGUUCCGCGUCCUAGUCUGCAGGGCAGCAGAAAAUAAGCUUACUCCCUCCUCUCUAUGACUCCCCUUCACGUAUUUGUACAUGGCUAUCAUGUCUCCUCUCAGCCUUCUCUUCUGCAGGCUAAACAUGCCCAGUUCUUUAAGCCACUCCUCAUAGUGCUUGUUCUCAGACCCUUAAUCAUUUUAGUUGCCCUCCUCUGGACACUUUCCAGCUUGUCAACAUCUCCCUUCAAUUGCGGUGCCCAGAAUUGGACACAGUAUUCCAGGUGUGGUCUAACCAAGGCAGAAUAGAGGGGUAGCAUGACUUCCCUGGAUCUAGAUGCUAUACCCCUAUUUAUGCAGGCCAGAAUCCAGUUGGCUUUUUUUAGCAGCCGCAUCACAUUGUAGGCUCAUGUUUAACUUGUUAUCCAUGAGGACUCCAAGAUCUUUUUCACACGUACUGCUGUCGAGCCAGGCAUCGUCCCCCAUUCUGUAUCUUUGCAUUCCAUUUUUUCUGCUUUUGUCCCUGUUGAACUUCAUUUUGUUAGUUUCGGUCCAUCUCUCUAGUCUGUUAAGAUCGUUUUGAAUUCUGCUCCUUUCUUCUGGAGUGUUGGAAUGGCUAUCCCUCCCAGUUUGGUGUCAUCUGCAAACUUGAUGAUCGUGCCUUCUAACCCUUCAUCUAAGUCGUUAAUAAAGAUAUUGAACAGAACCGGGCACAGGACGGAACCCUGUGGCACUCCACUCGUGACAUCUUUCCAAGAUGAAGAUGACGCACCCUUUGGGUUCGUUCGCUUAGCCAAUUACAGAUCCACCUAACCGUAGUUUUGUCUAACCCACAUUUUACUAGUUUUUUUGCCAGAAGGUCGUGGGGCAAACCUGGCCGCUUUCUACCUUGUACAAUCUUUGGUUGGCCAGGUUGAAUAGGAAUGAAUAGUCUCAGUGCGGCAAGUAUGAAUGCUGCAAUUAGUCACCUUGAUUAGCAUUUAAUGAUUUUGCAGCUUCAAAGCCUGGAUGCUCCCUCCCUGGGGGAAUCCUUUGUUGGGAGGUGUUAGUUGGCUUUGGGUGUUUCCUUUCUGGAAUUUCAAUGUUUUCAGAGUGUGGCUCUUUAUUUACUGUCCUGAUUUUAGAGAUUAUAUUGUUCUGUAUUAUUAUAUCACAGUAAUUAUUAUAUAUUAUAUUUAUAAUCUUAUAUUAUCUGCUUAGAACUGGAUUAUAUGAGGCCCCUUCUACAAAAUCCACAUUGAACUGGAUUAUAUGACAGUGUGGACUCAAGAUAAUCCAGUUCAAAGCAGACACUGUCCAUUAUAUGCCUUGGCAUUUUGGGUUAUAUAGCUGUGUGGAAGGGCCUUGAGUCUACACUGCCAUAUAAUCCAGUUCAAAUCAGAUAAUCUGUAUUUUAUAGGCAGUGUGGAAGAGGCCUAAGUGAGCUCUGCUUAUCCCCUGGGUGCCAUUGUGGCUGAGGGGAUUGCUAUGACAUGAAGGGGGUGGGGCCUACGCUUCUGAUAGGCAGCCAGGGGGAGUAUGGCUCUUCCUCAUCCUUCCUCCCCACCCGCUUUCUAACUGAAUGUCUGUGUGUUCCUGUGUGUGCGAGGAGGGAGGGAAGCCCCUUCCAGAAGAACAGCCCUGGCAGCUGGCUCUUUCUCUACCUGCUCUUCUCCACGUGCCAGACUGCCCCAUCAGCUGUAAACACAGUCGCCCGCCUCAGGGCAAGUGCACAGAGUAAAGGGAAAAGAGGAGAGGAUACCAUUCCAGCCGAAAAGGAAGGGGGGAAAGUGAAAAAUAGAUAUAGACCAAUCCAUUUUUUGUGGAGGGGGUGGGGUGGGUGGAAUGAAGGACAUAACGUGGAUGUCUUGGUGUAUUGUGGCCAUAUUUGGUGUGGUUUGGCUCAUUGGUUUUGUUGCUAACUCAGUCCUAACUAUGCACAUUACAUUUUAAUAUAUAUAGAUUGUUAAAAUUAGAUCUAAAAUCAGCUGUGAAAUUGAGCUCUUAAGUAACAAACUCCUAUAGAAAUUACGUUGUCAUUCUAUGGACUUUCUAGCCACUUUUGAGCACCUUUUGCAUUGCCAUGCUAUCUCUGCCAUACUGUUCUGUUCUUGAUUCUCUAAGCUCCACCCCUAUUCUAAAGGAAUUCCCAUGGAUUGUUGCUAUAUACAGAAUCUUUUCUCCUUCUGCUAAUACAUAUGCAGUCUCAUUCCCAUCUAGCUUCUACUUGACAACCGCUUCAAGAGCUUCUCGUCCAAGAAUGGAAUGUCAAAGGAUGUACUUCAGGAGACUUCUUCCUCUGUUUCUGCUGACUCUAAUUAGUAUGCAGAAUAAGAUUGUUGGUCAGACACCACCAGAGGGAUUUAGAUACGUCUCUUAUGAGGUGACCAUCCCAAGAAAACUGACCCCUAGAUAUGGUCAGGAAGAAUCCAAAGGCAUCAGCUAUCUGCUGCAUAUUGAGGGGAAGGGCCACAUCUUCCAUCUGAGGCAGAAGAAAGCAUUUGUCCCGAAACACUUUCCGGUCUUCACCUACAAUAAGGUGGGGGAACUCCAAGUGGACUAUCCUUUCAUCAAGGAUGACUGUUUCUAUCAUGGCUUUGUUCAGGGCCAGCUCUCUUCCCAGGUCACCCUCAGCAUUUGCUCUGGAGGACUAAGAGGUGUGUUUGGGUUUGACAACAUGACCUAUGAAAUUGAACCGGUCCAGGCAUCUGCUAGCUUCCAGCAUGUAGUGUAUCGCCUGGAAGAGAAGGAAGGUGCUGUUAGAAUGAGGUGUGGAGUAACAAAGGAAGAGGAAAGACGGCAAGAGAUUCUGCUGCAGAACACAGAAAAAGUAGUGGUGAAAAGGAGUUCGCAAAAUGUGUGGUGGACCCAUGUUAGAUAUGCUAAAGUUGCCAUUGUAGUGGACCAUGACCGAUUUGUGGAGUAUGACAAAAAUGAAACUGUUCUUACUUGGCAUGUUCUGGUUGUUUUUCAUAUUGCUGUUUCAUUCUAUGACGCCCUUUCCUUUCAGCCCUCUUUAGUUGGACUAGAAAUCUGGUCAGAAAGGAAUCUCAUAACUAUUGAUUUCAUUCCAGAUGAGGUACUUUUGGCUUUUACUGAAUGGAGAAGGCAUUCACUUCUUCCUCGUCUACAGAAUGAUGCUGCUCACUUAUUUUUAUAUAAAGUGCUUUCUCCAGUACUUGGACUUGCAUUUAUAGAAACAAUCUGUAGUGCGGAUUUUGCAACUGGUAUUACCUAUUUGAUGUCUAGACAUUUAUUUUAUUUCGCUAUUACAUUUGCACAUGAAUUAGGACAUAAUCUUGGUAUGAGACAUGAUGAACAAUACUGCCAUUGUGAUCGAGGUUUGUGCAUCAUGAAUGAAUAUCAACGUCUCACUGAUCAGUUUAGUAAUUGUAGUUAUAGGGACUAUUUCAAAUCCAUGAACCGUCAGUGUUUGUUAAUACAGCCAGAUGAAAAGUUUCAUGAACCCUCAUAUUGUGGAAACAAAGUUGUGGAAGAUGGAGAGCAAUGUGAUUGUGGUACAGAAGAUGAAUGUGAAUCAGAUCCAUGUUGUCAGUCUAAGUGUGAGUUACGUCCAGGGGCCACUUGUGCAUUUGGAUCAUGUUGCAGAAACUGCCAAUAUGUUCCAGCUCGAUCCAUUUGCAGAAGAAAUGUUAGUAUAUGUGAUCUUCCUGAAUACUGUCAUGGGUCUUCAGAAUGGUGUCCUGAAGACGUCUAUGUUCAAGAUGGGGCCCCGUGCAGGGAUGGGGCAUAUUGUUAUCAGGGGAAUUGUACUACGCAUGACAGGCAGUGCAAAAUUAUCUUUAGCUCAAAAGCAACAGUGGCUUCAGAGAAUUGUUUCAGAAUAAUGAAUGCUCGAGGUGAUCGUUUUGGCAACUGUGGCCUUAAACAUGGGGUUUAUAGCAAAUGUACAACAUCGAACAUCCUGUGUGGCAGGAUCCAGUGUUCAGACGUGGAUGAUCUCCCCACGUUGGAAGAUCACAGCACCAUGAUUCAGACACAGGCUGGGGGCAUUGAGUGCUGGGGCCUAGACUACCACAGUGGGAUGGAAAUAGCUGAUUACGGAGCAGUAAGGGAUGGCACUCCUUGUGGCACAGACAUGAUGUGCAUUGGUGGAGAGUGUUUGCAUGUGUCCCUCUUGAACUAUGACUGUAAUGUCACUAAGUGUCACAACCGGGGAGUAUGCAAUACCUACAAACAUUGCCAUUGUGAUUAUGGCUGGGCCCCUCCUGACUGUCUCAAAGAAGGCUAUGGUGGCAGCAUUGACAGCGGACCUGCUUCACAAGAUAGGAGUGCUGUUGUUGCAGGAGCUGUUGUAGGAACUUUAUUUGCUCUGUCUUCAGCAACUAUUGUUCUUGCAGUGGCUGUAUAUUAUAAGGUUAUUUCGAGCCACGGUUUUAGGAAACUGAGCUCAGUUAUCUCCCCAGUGAAUUUAACAGAAGAAGUAAACUGAAAGUGAACAAUUCACAUAGAAGGAAAAAAUGUAUGUAGGUGAUAAUAUUUAAUGUUUGUAUUUUAUGCAUUAUUUAAUUUUGGUAUUGUUUUUGCUCUGCGAUAAAAUAACAAAGAAUGUUAUUGUUUUUGUGGCUGAUAUUGUGUUCAGAGAUAGGGGGAUUUUUUUUGCCAUAAAAGAUUACAUGAAUGGUGGCAUUCUUUAAAUAUUGAAGAUGUGUUCCUUAAUGGUGAUAAAACAGAAAUGCUGUCUUCAAAUUUUCAUCAUUUGAGCUGAUAGCAGCAUCUAAAUACACAAGAACCCACCUAUGAGAAAUGUGCAGAAGCACUGAAAGUUAAUGUCCCAAGGAAAUAUGUAGUAUUUCAUUUCAAAGUCUAAAUUUACUUGUGUUUAAUGUCUAGGAAUGAAAGACUAUUCCUUUGUUUUUUCCCUCUGGAAGUUAAAUCUUUUAUGAACUUUUGAAGGCAAGGAAUAGAUAGUUUGCAUCUGCUCUGAGUGAACAUGCACCAAACAAUCAUAGGGGCCUAACAGCUCACCCUCAACAGCCAUGGCUCACUGAGGCAUUUCAAACUUAUUAGAGGCUGGGAUUCCCCAGUGUUGAUCGUACCAGUGUUGACUGUAAAGAGCACAUUAGGACUGUAUAUUAGAGCGACACCCAUUGUGAAUGUAAUGUUUGACACAGUGGUUUAUUCUAAUAGAAUAUAGGAAAUAAUUCCCUCAAUAUCAAAUUACUGCUGGGGACAUGGGAUCCACCUCUAAAGUCUACUGCUUGGGGGACAAGGAAACUUGAAUAUGCAGCUUUACCUGAAGAUGUGUCUCCACCUCUACAGCUGCUGCAUUCAAUUUCUCCAUCUGCCCCAGAUAACUUUUGGAGAAGAUCUCUAAGAAAAGGCAACUACCCAACUUUUGGCAGAUUAAUAGCAGAUUCACAAAAGCUGCAUGUCUACUUGUGAAUCAUCAAAUAAGGGGUCUCUUGUGGACCUUUCUUUAGAAAAAAAAUAUGAUAUUCAAAUUACUUAAACUCAAAUGUUAGCAUCUUUAUUUGGAGAUCUAUGUAGAGAUCUCUUAAUAUUCUGAAUUACUUCUGAAUAAAUGUUGCUGUUACUGGAAAAUCAAUCCAUUUUGUAUUGUAUUUCAUCAUAGUAAAUGUAUUGGUAUCAGGAGGAUUGGGAGCAAAAGUUGUGAUCUACAUUGCUGCACAUUGAAGGCCUCCUUUGAUAGUGGGGGGACAUGGCAAACAUCACAAAUGAGGAACAUUAAAUACUACAGCUUUGAGCAAACCCCACUUAAAAAAUCUGAAAAACAACAGAAGAAAGUACCCUAUAUACUCGAGUAUAAGCCAACCCGAAUAUAAGCCGAGGUACCUAAUUUUACCACAAAAACUGGGAAAACUUAUUGACUCGAGUAUAAGCCAAGGAUGGGAAAUGCAGCAGCUAUUGGUAAAUUUCAAGAAUAAAAAUUAAAAUAGAUACCAGUAAAAUUACAUUAAGUGAGGCAUCGGUAGAUUAAAUGUUUUUGAAUAUUUACAUAAAACUGUAAAUUUAAAAUAAGACUAUCCACCUCUGAUUAAAUCAUUAUUCUAACUUUCUUCAAUGUACCAGUACAUUUGCUUAUGUAUCCUUUCCAAUAAUAAUAAAAUUGGUAAAAUAAUAAAUGUAAUA